GUAGAAAAAGCACCCACGAGGCCACAACCAGGCACACACGUUCCCUGCCGCGAACUCUCGUCACCAAACCCAUCGCUCCUCCCAUCCCAUCUCUCGCGAGAAAAAUCCCCUACCGCCAUCCAGAUCGGUGAUCAACUCAGGUCUCCUCCACCAUUCGCCCGCCUCCCCCCAAGGCCGUGGCCUGACUCAUCCUCCCCUUCGCUCACCGCACUAGCACAGGUGCUCACGCCUUCCUAGCGCUCAAGCGCCGCCCACGGGUAAACGAUGGCUUCAGCCGCGUCAACGAGGUCGAGGUGUCCCUGACCCAGCCCUCACCCUCACCUUCAUCGGAGGCCUUGCCCGUAUCGAUAGGGUCGGUUACUCUUUCCCUCCCCUGUCCUGCCCUCCCCUGGAGGCGGCGACACACUCCUCUCAUCUAUCUCCAGGGGAUGCCCUGCCCUCCCCUGGCGUGCUGGGGACCGAUGACCGUGGGGAAUGUGAUCUGGUGGCGCCCGUCGAACAUCGAGAGGUGGCAGAGCCCCGCCACACACUUGUCCCCCCUCCCUCCUCAGGAUCCUCAAUUUCUCAUCUAAAAGGUUUAUGUGGAUGGAACUACCACCAUAUCCACCCAUCCUUUUGGUUUGGUCCUGUGAUGCUGACGCACAUUGUCUUUCAUGAUCCUAUUAUCUGCCUUUUAGUUUUGACUUGUGAUGCUGACGCACGUUUUCUUUCUACAACUGUGAUAUUUCCCUCCUUCGUGGAUGUAUGCAACUGCAUGAAUGGGACAACGAAGCCGCUGUCAUGAAAACUGCAGAGUGAUGACAGAGAUACCGAGGUGUGAAAUAAAAGGCAAAUGUGAAGCUCUUGCAUCAAUCCUCAGACUGAUUCCUGCAAAUUUUCCUACAGAACUACAACAUGAGAUUGGCUUAUUAAUAGUAUGGAGAGGACAAGAUCGAAAAGGACGGUGAUAUAAGGAAAACGGGGAGUGGAAGAGGAAGAAAGUUGGGAUGACAAUUAUAAAUAGAAUAUCGAGUUUGAUGAUGAUGAUAAUUGGAACCAAGAGGAGGAAGCAGUUUUUCCUGCCAGAAAGAAAGCAAGUGACUUAUUUAAUCUCAGAGAUAUGUCCCUGUUAUCAGUUUUGAGGAGUCAUUGUUCCAGUCACACAAAAUGUUGACAGAUGUAUCAUUUACAAUGACCGUUCAAUUGUAAUUUCAGUGCCAUGUCAUAAAAUUUGAAUUCACCACUUCAGCCCCUUCCAUAAGAUAUUGCAUCAAAGGCCGGAAGUGAACCAUGCAAUACAUCAAUCUAAUAUGAGUUAUAAUCGGCUGACCAUGUAGGAUGUACCAAUUGUAAUAUGCUUAAUGUGCGAUGAAGCAGAUGGUGUUCGGAAAUCCAGCAUCUGACUCCUGGUUUUGGUCUCAAGACUACAGUAAAACAAUGGAGCAAACAUGGUUCACUGCAAAAUUUACUUAAUACAACUACAGUUAUAAAUUUCUGAGACGAGGAACAUAGUUGAUCUUCAUUAGAUCUAUUCAAUUACCCAAAAAACCCAUUUUUUUAAUUGUUCUUCGCAUUAGGUGCCUAGAGUUUUAAGUGUUUUGCACUUGCACCCUGUAGCCAGCCUUUCUUUAUGUGCUAUUCAGUCCAACAAAACAAAAUGCUAGAGCGAAAGUAAAUCUUCGGAAAUGAAAUCACAUAUUGCCAUGCAUGCUCAAUGCAUAUUUCUAAAGUAGAAUAUUUCAUUGUGUUCAUAUUUUUUUUUAUUUCGUGGCAACGCACGGGCACUCAGCUAGUACUGGAGUAAAAACUUGAUCGAGCGGGCAUGACACAAUCGGUUCGACCGUUCGCACAAUGCUUUCGUGUUUAGUCCAGCUGUGCAGGACAAUGUGAACGCCACGCCUGCUCGGGUCGCUCUGUCGCCUCCAGCUGCCCCCGGCGUGCGCUCGCGUCGCUAUAAAACCAGGCAGCGCAGAGCACACCGUCAUUCAACCAGUAGUAUCUCGCAAAAGCCACCCAAGACGAGUCGCUUCUCUCUUUCUCCGGCCACCGUCGCCCACCCGCAAUGGCGCCUACGGCAACGACGGCGGCGGCGGCGGAGCAGCAGCAGCACCCGAGGAAGGCGGUGGGGCUCGCGGCGCACGACGCAUCCGGCCACCUCUCGCCCAUCCGCAUCCCCCGAAGGAGCACUGGUGACGACGACGUGGCCAUAAAGGUGCUCUACUGCGGCAUCUGCCACUCCGACCUGCACACCAUCAAGAACGACUGGAGGAACGCCAUCUACCCCGUCGUCCCCGGGCACGAGAUCGCCGGGGUGGUGACGGAGGUCGGCAAGAACGUGGCGGGGUUCGCGGCCGGCGACAGGGUGGGCGUGGGCUGCAUGGUGAACACCUGCCGGGCCUGCGAGAGCUGCGAGGAGGGCGCCGAGAACUACUGCGCCAGGGUCGUCCUCACCUACAACUCCCGCGACAGGGACGGCGCCGUCACCCGCGGCGGCUACUCCGACCUGGUCGUCGCCGACGCGCGCUUCGUCGUCCGCUUCCCCGACGCCCUGCCGCUCGACGUCGCCGCGCCGCUGCUCUGCGCGGGCGCCACCGUGUACGCCCCCAUGCAGCGCCACGGGCUGGGCGCGCCCGGCAGCCACGUGGGCGUGAUCGGCCUCGGCGGGCUCGGGCACGUCGCCGUCAAGUUCGCCAGGGCGUUCGGGGCGGCGAAGGUGACGGUGAUCAGCACGUCGCCCGGGAAGCGGGAGGAGGCGCUGGAGCGGCUGGGCGCGGACGCGUUCGUCCUCAGCACCGACGCGGCGGAGAUGAAGGCCGCCGCGGGCACCAUGCACGGCAUCGUCAACACGGCGUCCGCCGCCGCGUCCCUGCACCCGUACCUGGCGCUCCUCAAACCCCACGGCAAGAUGAUCCUGCUCGGCAUCCCCGAUAAGCCCCUGCAAGUCUCCGCAUUCGCUCUCAUCGGCGGCGGCAAGACUCUUGCCGGGAGCUGCAUGGCGAGCAUCAGCGAGACGCAGGAGAUGCUAGACUUCGCCGCCGAGCAUGGCGUGGCGGCGGACGUCGAGGUGAUCGGCGCCGGGGAGGUGAACGCGGCCAUGGAGCGCCUGGCCAAGGGCGACGUCAGGUACCGCUUCGUCAUCGACGUCGGCAACACCCUCAAGGCGGAUUGACUAGGGAGCUCGCCGGCUCUGCUCUGUAGCGUGAUCUGCCGGCGAGAUCAGUGGCCAAAUCCAGCAACAAAAACACCCGAUCGCUACUCAUGCCAAUAAAUGCAGAAGUCCGUAUAUGAUUCUGCUCAAUCUGGCUUAAUGUAGUGCUGUACUGAACCCUGCUUCUGCUCAAUGCAGUAUAUACGUAGUAUGUUUGCGGAGUGUGACA